AUGAAGGAAAUGUUCGCCCAGUUUGUGGAGAAUAUCAAGAGUGAGAUGCAGGGAAUGAUGCAGGAAAUUAAUAAUGAAAUAAGCAAGCUGAAAAGAGAACUGACAGCAGCAAAAGAGGAGAUUAGAGCCUUCAAAGAGAACAGUGUUGGUGCUGAGAAUCAUCCAGGAGGAAGGCCUUCCAGUGGCCUAGUGCCUCCCAGUGGCCUAGUGCCUCCCAGUGGCCUAGUGCCUCCCAGUGGCCUAGUGCCUCCCAGUGGCCUAGUGCCUCCCAGUGGCCUAGUGCCGCCCAGCGGCCUAGUGCCUCCCAGUGGCCUAGUGCCGCCCAGCGGCCUAGUGCCUCCCAGCGGCCUGGUGCCUCCCAGCGGCCUGGUGCCUCCCAGCGGCCUGGUGCCUCCCAGCGGCCUGGUGCCUCCCAGCGGCCUGGUGCCUCCCAGCGACCUAGUGCCUCCCAGCGGCCUGGUGCCUCCCAGCGGCCUGGUGCCUCCCAGCGGCCUGGUGCCUCCCAGCGACCUGGUGCCUCCCAGCGGCCUGGUGCCUCCCAGCGACCUAGUGCCUCCCAGCGGCCUGGUGCCUCCCAGCGACCUAGUGCCUACCAGCGGCCUGGUGCCUCCCAGCGGCCUGGUGCCUCCCAGCGACCUAGUGCCUCCCAGCGGCCUGGUGCCUCCCAGCGGCCGGGUGCCUCCCAGCGACCUAGUGCCUCCCAGCGGCCUGGUGCCUCCCAGCGACCUAGUGCCUCCCAGCGGCCUGGUGCCUCCCAGCGGCCUGGUGCCUCCCAGCGACCUAGUGCCUCCCAGCGGCCUGGUGCCUCCCAGCGGCCUGGUGCCUCCCAGCGACCUAGUGCGUCCCAGCGGCCUGGUGCCUCCCAGCGGCCUGGUGCCCCUCAGCGACCUAGUGCCUCCCAGCGGCCUGGUGCCUCCCAGCGGCGUGGUGCCUCCCAGCGACCUAGUGCCUCCCAGCGGCCUGGUGCCUCCCAGCGACCUAGUGCCUCCCAGCGGCCUGGUGCCUCCCAGCGGCCUGGUGCCUCCCAGCGACCUGGUGCCUCCCAGCGGCCCGGUGCCUCCCAGCGACCUAGUGCCUCCCAGCGGCCUGGUUCCUCCCAGCGGCCUGGUGCCUCCCAGCGACCUGGUGCCUCCCAGCGGCCUGGUGCCUCCCAGCGACCUGGUGCCUCCCAGCGGCCUGGUGCCUCCCAGCGGCCUAGUGCCUCCCAGCGGCCUGGUGCCUCCCAGCGGCCUGGUGCCUCCCAGCGGCCUGGUGCCUCCCAGCUGUGUAGUGCCUCCCAGCUGUGUAGUGCCUCCCAGCUGUGUAGUGCCUCCCAGCGGCCUGGUGCCUCCCAGCGGCCUGGUGCCUCCCAGCGCCCUAGUGCCUCCCAGCGGCCUGGUGCCUCCCAGCGGCCUGGUGCCUCCCAGCGGCCUGGUCCCUCCCAGCGGCCUGGUGCCUCCCAGCGGCCUGGUGCCUCCCAGCGGCCUAGUGCCUCCCAGCGGCCUGGUGCCUCCCAGCGGCCUGGUGCCUCCCAGCGACCUGGUGCCUCCCAGCGGCCCGGUGCCUCCCAGCGACCUAGUGCCUCCCAGCGGCCUGGUUCCUCCCAGCGGCCUGGUGCCUCCCAGCGUCCUGGUGCCUCCCAGCGGCCUGGUGCCUCCCAGCGACCUGGUGCCUCCCAGCGGCCUGGUGCCUCCCAGCGGCCUAGUGCCUCCCAGCGGCCUAGUGCCUCCCAGCGGCCUGGUGCCUCCCAGCGGCCUGGUGCCUCCCAGCUGUGUAGUGCCUCCCAGCUGUGUAGUGCCUCCCAGCUGUGUAGUGCCUCCCAGCGGCCUGGUGCCUCCCAGCGGCCUGGUGCCUCCCAGCGCCCUAGUGCCUCCCAGCGGCCUGGUGCCUCCCAGCGGCCUGGUGCCUCCCAGCGGCCUGGUCCCUCCCAGCGGCCUGGUGCCUCCCAGCGGCCUGGUGCCUCCCAGCGGCCUAGUGCCUCCCAGCGGCCUGGUGCCUCCCAGCGGCCUGGUGCCUCCCAGCGGCCUGGUGCCUCCCAGCUGUGUAGUGCCUCCCAGCUGUGUAGUGCCUCCCAGCGGCCUAGUGCCUCCCAGCUUUGUAGUGCCUCCCAGCGGCCUGGUGCCUCCCAGCGGCCUGGUGCCUCCCAGCUGUGUAGUGCCUCCCAGCGGCCUGGUGCCUCCCAGCGACCUAGUGCCUCCCAGCGGCCUGGUGCCUCCCAGCGGCCUGGUGCCUCCCAGCGGCCUGGUGCCUCACAGCUGUGUAGUGCCUCCCAGCGGCCUGGUGCCUCCCAGCGGCCUGUUGCCUCCCAGUGACCUGGUGCCUCCCAGCGGCCUGGUGCCUCCCAGCGGCCUGGUGCCUCCCGGCGACCUAGUGCCUCCCAGCGGCCUGGUGCCUCCCAGCGGCCUGGUGCCUCCCAGCGGCCUGGUGCCUCCCAGCGGCCUGGUGCCUCCCAGCGGCCUGGUGCCUCCCAGCGGCCUGGUGCCUCCCAGCGGCCUGGUGCCUUCCAGCGGACUAGUGCCUCCCAGCGGCCUGGUGCCUCCCUGCGGCCUGGUGCCUCCCAGCGUCCUGGUGCCUCCCAGCUGUGUAGUGCCUCCCAGCGGCCUGGUGCCUCCCAGCGGCCUGGUGCCUCCCAGCGGCCUGGUGCCUCCCAGCGGCCUGGUGCUUCCCAGCGGCCUAGUGCCUCCCAGCGACCUAGUGCCUCCCAGCGGCCUAGUGCCUCCCAGCGGCCUAGUGCCUCCCAGCGACCUAGUGCCUCCCAGCGACCUAGUGCCUCCCAGCGGCCUAGUGCCUCCCAGCGACCUAGUGCCUCCCAGCGACCUAGUGCCUCCCAGCGACCUAGUGCCUCCCAGCGGCCUAGUGCCUCCCAGCGGCCUAGUGCCUCCCUGCGACCUAGUGCCUCCCAGUGACCUAGUGCCUCCCAGCGGCCUAGUGCCUUCCAGCGGCCUGGUGCCUCCCAGCGGCCUAGUGCCUCCCAGCGGCUUGGUGCCUCCCAGCGGCCUGGUGCCUCACAGCGGCCUGGUGCCUCCCAGCGGCCUGGUGCCUCCCAGCGGCCUGGUGCCUCACAGCGGCCUGGUGCCUCCCAGCGGCCUAGUGCCUCCCAGCUGUGUAGUGCCUCCCAGCGGCCUAGUGCCUCCCAGCGGCCUGGUGCCUCCCAGCGGCCUGGUGCCUCCCAGCGGCCUGGUGCCUCACAGCGGCCUGGUGCCUCCCAGCGGCCUUGUGCCUCCCAGCGGCCUGGUGCCUCACAGCGGCCUGGUGCCUCCCAGCGGCCUGGUGCCUCCCAGCGGCCCGGUGCCUCCCAGCGGCCUGGUGCCUCCCAGCGGCCUGGUGCCUCCCAGCGGCCCGGUGCCUCCCAGCGGCCUGGUGCCUCCCAGCGGCCUGGUGCCUCCCAGCGGGGUAGCUAAAUAA